UUAACCUAUAAAGUUAUAAUGUAAAACAAGUUGAACAAGCGUGUAUUAAAUAAUUGAGACAAGUAUUAGUGUUUAAACAUUUUACCAUGGUUCGUAAAAAAAUUGAUAAUAGAAUCAGACUCCUGAUUGAAAAUGGUGUCAAGUUAAAUCAUCGUACGUUGUUUGUUAUCGUUGGAGACAAGGGACGUGAUCAAGUGGUUAUACUGCAUCAUAUGUUAUCUAAAGCUGUAGUGAAAGAAAGGCCCUCUGUUUUGUGGUGUUACAAAAAAGAAUUAGGCUUUAGCAGUAACAGGAAGAAACGUAUGAAACAUUUGCAACAUAAAAUAAAAGGAGGAAAACUAAAUAUAGACGAGGAUAAUCCAUUUGAAUUCUUUGUGUCAUCAACGAAAAUUAGAUACUGUUAUUAUGCAGAAACACAUAAAAUUCUUGGGAAUACUUAUGGCAUGUGUGUCCUUCAGGAUUUUGAGGCUUUGACUCCUAAUUUGUUAGCAAGAACAAUUGAGACAGUUGAAGGAGGUGGUCUUAUUGUACUUUUGCUUAGGUCUCUCAAUUCACUUAAGCAACUUUAUACAAUGACAAUGGACGUACAUCAACGAUUCCGUACAGAGGCACAUAAAGAUGUUGUUUGUAGAUUCAAUGAAAGAUUUCUUCUAAGUUUAGCAUCAUGCAAAAGAUGUUUAGUGGUCGAUGAUCAGCUUGCAGUAUUGCCUGUAUCUUCCCAUAACAUUCAUGUUAAGCCUGUUGAAGCUGUCACAGAACUUUCUGAAAAUGAAGUAGAAUUGAAUAAUUUGAAAAAAGAGUUGAGUGAUUCCCAACCAGUUGGGAACUUAUUGAAGUGUUGUAAAACACUAGACCAGGCUAAGGCUUUGUUGAAAUUUAUAGAAGCUAUAUCUGAAAAAACAUUGAAGUCAACAGUUUCUCUAACAGCUGCAAGAGGUCGAGGAAAGUCUGCAGCUUUAGGUUUAGCAGUUGCCGCCGCAAUUGGUUUCAGUUAUUCUAAUAUUUUUGUUACUAGUCCUAGUCCUGAAAACUUGACUACAUUUUUUGAAUUUGUGUUCAAAGGAUUUGAUGCCUUAGAAUAUCAAGAGCAUAUCGAUUAUGAAUUGGUCCAAUCUACCAACCCUGAUUAUAAUAAAGCCAUCGUUAGGGUAAACAUUCACAGGGAUCAUAGGCAAACAAUACAGUAUAUUGAUCCAACUGAUAGCCAGAAAUUGUCGCAAGCUGAACUUUUGGUAAUUGACGAAGCUGCUGCUAUCCCUCUUCCUUAUGUUAAAGCCAUGUUAGGGCCAUAUUUGGUAUUUUUAGCAUCUACCAUCAAUGGUUAUGAAGGAACAGGAAGAUCUCUCUCGCUCAAGCUUUUGCAACAACUAAGAACGCAAUCUGCCCCAGCAGGUGCUAAUACAAAUGCUGUGAAUAAAAAAGAUUGGGGAGCAGCAAUCGGGAGAACUUUAAGUGAGGUUACUUUGGAUGAAAGUAUAAGGUAUGCAUCAGGAGACCAUGUGGAAAAUUGGUUAACUAAACUUCUUUGCUUGGACGCUACAUCAGUAGCCCCUUUAAAUUCAGGAUGCCCAUCCCCAGAAGAAUGUAAUCUUUAUUAUAUAAACAGGGAUACUCUAUUCUGUUACCACAGAGCUUCAGAAGAAUUUUUGCAGAGAUUGGUGUCACUUUACGUAGCUUCUCACUACAAGAAUACUCCGAAUGACCUUCAGAUGAUGUCAGAUGCACCUGCUCAUCAUUUAUUCUGUCUUUUGGGACCAACCGAUCCAAAGAGUAAGAAGCUACCAGAAAUUCUGGUUGUAAUACAGGUAUGCUUGGAGGGUGAGAUAUCAGAAAGGUCAGUUAAGGAGACUCUUAUGAGGGGUAAAAGAGCAGCGGGGGAUUUGAUUCCAUGGACCAUUACGCAACAGUUUGGAGAGCCUGAUUUCGCUAAACUUUCCGGAGCUAGAAUCGUCAGAAUUGCUACGCAUCCAGAUUACCAAGGUAUGGGUUAUGGAGCUAGAGCACUAUUUCUAUUGAAACAGUAUUAUGAAUUUAAAAUACCCAGCAUUGAAGAGAAUAUCUUGGAAGUACAGGAAGAGAUAGAAAAUGUAGAAACCGAGGAGGUAGGUUUACUUGAAGAACAAAUAGAGCCACGCAAAAAACUACCCCCGCUACUUCUAAUGUUGAGCGAAAGAGUUCCUGAAAAAUUAGACUACAUUGGUGUUUCCUACGGCUUAACAGAACCUCUACUGAAAUUUUGGAAAAGGGCUGGCUUUGUGCCCGUUUAUCUUAGACAAACCACUAAUGAUAUAACAGGUGAACAUACAUGUAUCAUGCUUAAUAUGGUCAAUUCUGAUGAAGAUGUGGACAAACAAUGGUUGACAAGUUUCUGGAUUGAUUUUAGAGAAGGAUUCAUCAAUUUACUUUCUUAUCAAUUUUCGAAAUUCAUGCCUAGUUUGGCUCUUUCAGUGCUCGUCAAUAAAUCUAGAAAAGUGCCCGGAAAAACUUUGACAAAGGAGGAAUUAGAUAUGCAAUUGUCGAAUUACGACUUGAAACGAUUGGAUCUGUACAGUAAAAAUCUUGUAGAUUACCACUUAAUUAUUCGUCUGAUGCCAACGAUAGCAAGGAUAUUCUUUAUGAAUCGAAUGGGAGAUGUACAAAUGUCGGCAGUGCAAUCGGCCAUUUUACUUGGAAUCGGCCUACAACAUAAAACUUUUGACCAGCUCGAAAAAGAACUCGAAUUACCAGUUUCACAACUGUUGGCUUUGUUCAAUAGGUCAGUCAGAAGAGUUAUAAAAUAUUUCAAUGAAAUUUUAGAAAUGGAAAUCGAAAAAACUUUUGCACCACAAUCUGAUAUCGUUAUGAAUCCUUUACAAGAAAGUAUUCAUGAAGAAUUGGGUGAAGCGGCGAAAGAACUACAGAAAAAACAAAAAAAAGAAUUUGAAAAACUGAAGAAAGAGGAGUUGGCUCAGUUUGCAAUCAAAGGGUCAGAAGACGAAUGGGCUAAAGCCUUUUCAUCGAAAGGAUCAAAGUCGUUAGUCACAGUGAAAACUGGAGUUAAAAGACUACAUGAAAAAACUGAAGAAGAUAUGGAUGUAAAUGUAAAAAUGGAAUCAGAAAUGAGGAAGAAAAAAAAGAAGAAAGUGAAGUUUUUUGAACUUUAUCACUUCGUGUGGAACCAAACCAGAACAAUCUUAAUGCUUCAUACUAUGGAAUUAAUAUCUAUUGCACUCGAUGAAUCUCUUAGAGCUUUCUCGAUUUGAUCUUGCUUUAUGCAUAUAUAUAUAACUGGGGGUAU